AUGGCAGACGCGACAUGGCUUUCCGAAGCUGUUGUGGAGUUUCUAAAGGGACCUUUGUACAUAAAUCCCUUGAUGAGUUUCAUUGAUGAGAAAUGCCUCAUUUUCACGCCAGAAGAAGAGAACAAGCUUGAGUACACAACCUGCCACAACGAGUUUAAGGAGUUGGUUGACAAACUCCUAACUGACUUCCUUUUGGAGCUUGGUGUGGGGCCAGAGGAGUUUUACAAGACGGUGUCUGCUGCUCAGGAAACGGACCAGCUCACUGCCUUUGUGGUGCAAACAAUUCUCACAGUGGACGAUUUCCUCAUGUUUAAAGCCAUGAUGGUACGGAGGAACAUCGACCUCACCGCACAGGUUCUGGAGGCAGUGGAGCAGGCUCUGAUGGAGUCGCAGGGGAAAGGGGAGGAAGGGGGGGAGCCCGGCGCCAGUUUGCUGAGCAACCUGACCAGUGAGGAGGAGGAGGUGCUGCGGGAGCCCUACGCUGCACCCGAUUCACAUUUCCGCAUUCCUAAACAGGCAAUGGAGAUUUCCAGUCGACUUCAAGCCGAGUGGGCCGAGGCGGACCGACUCGAGAAGGCCAUGAGGGCGUUACAGCUGGAAGACGAGGAAGCCGCGCUGCCCGUGGCCAUAGCAGCUUCGCUCCGGGAGCAUGCCAAAUUCGAUAGCGAGCUUGCGGACAUUGAGCAGGCAAUCGCGCUGUCCUUGGCGCUUGAGGAGGAACGGCGAAGGUUGGCCUCCCAGGGCAGCGACGGCAGGGCUGCCACUGCUACUGCGGCGGUCCCCGCCAAGGCGGCCGAGCGAGCGCCGCUGCCGCCGGUGAAGGGCGCACCGGCGGCAGGGGCUCCGCCGCAGCCGGCGGCUCCGGCCGCUCCGGCUCCGGCGGCUGACGCAGCGGCUGCUGCUGCGUCCCCGCGGCCCCAGAAGUUUGUUCCAGCGCCGAUUGACGCACCCACCGGCAGCUCGGCUGGCAGGGUUCGUGGCCGGGGUGCGGGCUACAAGAGCGAGGCAUCUUCCGGAGUGGACUUGGAGGCCGUUCGUAAGGCCGCCCAGCAGGCGGCCGAGUCGCAGAAGAAGCUGAUUGGCAAGGGUGACGCUAAUGACGAGGCCAGCAAAUGGCUUCAGGAGGCCAAGAAGAAGUUAGUUGCGCAAAAGCAGGCGGACCGAGAGCAGGAGAUUGAGGCGUACAAGGCCGCGGCGGGAAGCAAGCCCAAGGCUGGCGCUAGCGGUGCCGUGAGCGCGGAUGAGGCCAAGCGCGCGGCCCUUCGUGAAGCGUUGGCCCAGAAGAUGAAGCAGAGCAUCUUGCAGCAGGCAUAG